AUGUUGCAGAGGACGUUGCGUCGAUUUAGUGCUGGUGGCGGGGAUUUGUUCCCAACAUCCAAGAAGGCCGCCCACCUGGAGCCAUCCUGGAUGAUGGAGCGUCAGGUGCCGCCACCACCGGGCCGGGGAAAGUGUUACGUUGAUGUCACGCGACCAUCCGUCCGCUCAAAGUGGCAGGCCACACAGCCGGAGGUGCAUGCAGUGGCGUUGACGCAGAUGGAUGCGCCAUGUUCUUUACAAGACCUCGCAAUUCGUCGUCCGUCAAGGCGUUCUGUGGCAGCAACCUUAGCCGGUGUAAAUGGCAUCCUCAAUCACAAACCAAAAACAGCCGAGAACAAUAUUGCCAUGGCAAAUAUUGCGGAGAAAAAUCGCAGCGAAUCUCGGAUGAAAACGAGAGACUACACCGGGCAUAAACAACCAGCGAGGUUCCGAACUGGGUGGGAGACGAAGACGGACGUGGUGGAACUUUCAGAGUGGAUGUACACACGAAUUCAUAAUCAUCGCAAACUUCAUAAUGACAAUCGCAAGGGAUAUGAGAAGGAAAAAAUGAUAUGGGAGACAGCGCCAACAACGUCAACGUCGAAGAACUAG